AUGCCGGCUGCUCUGAGUUUGACACCGACCACCGUGUUCGCUGCUGCCGGGGACGGACAGGACGAGCCGACCACCUCCAUCCACCGGGACGAGCUGUCUCUGUACACCGCUCCUCCUCCGCCGAAGUAUGUGGAGCCUGAAGCGGGUCAGCUGGAGGAGAGUGUCGCCACCCUCAGGAAAGUUAUGGAGCCGUACACGGACUGGUGUCAGGGGACUUACGGCAAAAUCAAACCCAAAGUUCAGAGUGUGGUCCGCUUUGGAAACGACACCUACAACUUCCUGAAGAGCCCGCCCAAGGACUUCUACCCCCGGGCAGGAGUGAUCGCCUUCACCGGAGUCCUGGGGCUGUUUCUCGGCAGAGGCUCCAGGAUUAAGAAGCUGAUCUACCCCACGGGCAUGAUGACCCUGACUACCUCCCUGUACUACCCGGAGCAGGCUGCGGCCAUCGCCAAGUCAACCGGAGACUCUGUGUAUGAGCGCGCCGUGCAGACCUACGCCGCCCUGGAGAAGACCCUGAAACCGGAGAAAAACCCCGAGAAGGUGGAGGAGAAAGACUCUGAAAGUAAACCCUGA